AUGAAAGACUGGAAGCUUAUUGAUAAUUAUAACUUCAGUGAAAAUGGCAGAAUGUGGAUCAUUUGUAUUAAUGACAGACAAAGAAUGUGUAGUGACCUGAUUGAUUUCUCUAGAGAUGUGAGGGGUAAUUGGUUAGUCCAAGGUGAUUUUAAUGCUGUAAUGGGGGAUAAUGACAGAAUGGGUGGCAAUGAACUAGACAAUGAGCAUGCGCUAGAAAUGGUCAACUGUAUGUCAACUGCAGGUUUAGCUGAAAUUAGGAGUAUUGGUUGUUACUAUACUUGGAACAAUAACCAGCUAGAUGACAAAAGAGUCUGGAGGAAGCUAGAUAGGAUUCUGUCGAAUGGCCUUAAUGAAGAGUUGCAAGAUUCUUUUUAUGAAGCUUUGCCAUGUGGCAUCUCUGAUCAUAGCCCAAUUCUAAUGAAAACUCAGAAGAGAGGGAGUCAGAAUGCCAAGAGAAACUUUAAGUUCUUCAACUACUGGACUACUAAUCCUGAAUUCAGGGAAAUAGUGAUGGAGGAAUGGAGCAAAGAGGUUAGUGGUCACACUAUGUUCAGAAUUGUUAAGAAGCUUAAAGCUAUUAGCUACAGAUUGAGGAACUUAAAUAGGAAGCAUUAUUCUGAUAUCUCUAUGAGAACCAGCAAACAAAGGGAAAGACUAGAUAAAAUUUAA